CCGUCCGCUUACUACCAUACAUCAGAGAAUCAAAGUCGCCAUCUUAGCUGCUUGUAAAUUUGUCAAAAUUAGUGGAAUUUUAUAUAAUCUGAUGCUCUAGCGGAAAAUUUGGAUAUAAUUGGACGGUUUUAUAAUAUGGAGUGACCAUGAGUCACCCAAAUCCUUCUGGAAACGGCUGUUCGCUGGAGGACUGCUACACAAAUCUCUUCGCUUUGACGGAUUUGUGUGGGAUUCGUUGGCGGAAGUUGACCCCUGAACCUGAUUCACUGAAAAUAGACCCUUUGGAUGACCCAGUCUUGGUGGCAUAUUCAAAAUGUGUUCGAUCUGACAUUUUGAGUGUUUGGAGGAGAGUUCCCGCAAGAAAUACUGACAAUAAUAGCCAUCACCAUCAUCAUCAUCAUCACCCCCCUCCUCCACCUCCUCAGCAAGAUCAACUGUCCUUUAGCAAGGAGUUAUGGAUAUUUUGGUAUGGUGAUGAGCCGAAGGGUUUGGCAGAUAUUAUCUCUACUGGACUCGCAGAAAUUGAAUCUGGGUCAUGGGACAAAGAUAAGGAUAAAGAUAGCGGACUGUCCUAUGAAUGCAGAACACUACUUUUUAAAGCUUUACAUAAUCUUAUUGAAAGAUGUUUGUUGUCAAAGAAUUUCAUCCGUUUAGGGCAUUGGUUUGUCCGACCUUAUGAUCAGUACACAACUACUGAGAGAAGUGCUCAUUUGUCCUUCCGAUUCCAUUUCUUCCUGCAUGGUGAAAGUCAAGUUUGUGCAAGUAUAGAAGUAAAGCAACAUCCCCCUGUAUGGAGACUUACACCCCAAUACCUAUCACUGAUACAAGAAAACCAAGCUAAUUUCCAAGUUAUUCUUGCACCAUAUGGGUUAAAUGGUCAGUUAACGGGUCACUCCUACAGAGAGAGUGACCAGUCAAGUAGGAGGUUGUUUGAAGAAUGGCGCCAGUUUUAUCCUGUAGACACCCAGGAAGUCAAAGAAAGCGAUGCUAAUAAUAAACUCCCAAAUAUGGUGGAGGUUAUUGUUGCUGGUGUCAGGAUGAAGUAUCCUUCAUGUUAUGUAAUGAUAUGUGACAAUGAUGAUGCUCCUGUCAGGGUUCAGCCAUUGUCUGUAGCAACAGGUACAUCUCCACGCUCCCAGUACAACUCAUCUAUGAUGACCCCACCAGCAUCACCUUGUGAUCCUAGCCUAAUGUCAGAUGUCAAUGUUAAAUUGGUGCCAAAUACACCUGUAAAUGGUGGCCUAGGAGACGGAGGGCAGUAUACAACUACUGGAACAGCCAAUGCUUUAAGUCAUCACAUUCUCGAAAGGGUUUCUCAUCAUGCUUGUGUUAAUUCAGGCAUGGCUAAGAGAGCAAAUGAGUCUAAUGAUGAACCUGCAGCUGGGAUCUGGAAUUUUGGAGAAGCUACUAAUAAAAUGGCAUGUAACUGUGUCAGGCACAGGAAAAUGAAGUCAGGAGGGCAAGGAAAAAAUAUAUCAGGAAAGCAUGCGAAAAGUGAUAAGCUUGAUAAACUAGAAAGACAACAAUCACGUCAUGGACGUAAUGUGACUCCAUUUCAUAGACGUUCACUUGUAACGGACGAUAUGUUACAGUUUGAUAUGAACAUAAUGAUAAAUCAGCCCCAAACAAACCCUAAUUUCUGUGGGUCUGGGGCCAAUAACUUACCUCCUGGUCAAAGUACCCCUAAUGAUCCAAACAUAGACACUCCCUCUUCCCCUCCCUCACCUCUCGAUGAACCUCAGCCAUUGGUGAACUCAAAUAUGGAACCUCCAAUGCCUACAUUGAGUCCCCAUCCACCAUCAAAAAACAAUGCAGAGAAAGAAUUUAGUGCAAAAAAUCCUAAUGUGACGGAUAUUACUAACAGUGUUUGUGUCCCUAAUGGGGAGUUUUUUCCGAAACAAGAGGAUCAACCGUUACCUGGAAACAAACUGGAGCAAAGUGAUAAUAAUUACACAUGCACUCAAAGUGAAGCCAAGCGUGAAAGUGUUAAUAGUUGGCUUCAGUCUCAACAAAAACAAGUCGAAAAUCAUGGAUUAAAACGACCACCAUUAUUACCUACAUUUGAGGGAGAUAAAGGACAAGAAGAUCUAGUCACUGAUUCUUUAUAUAAUUUUGAUCCUUUAAAUGCUUGGAUUGAACUGCCAGUAAAGAAAUCUCGUAUUGAUUGCUCCAACUCUCCUUCUCAUUUCUCAGACCUAACAUCACCCACACAUUCCGAUGCACCCAAAGCCCCUACUCCCCCUCCACCAGCACCCGAUCCUUACGAAUUCUCAGAUGAGGCUUCCUUUAAUCCUAAUCCUUUAAAAAGUAGAUCAAGAAAAAGUCGUGAUGAUAUUAUGCCUCGUCAAUCACCAUGUGGUAAAUCGGAUGACGACUCUGGUCGACCAGGAGAAAUGGGUCCAUUUGGUUCCCCUCCUACACCUAGUGGUAGUCUGAUGCGUGUUGGGGAUCUCGUAGUGCAGAGUACAGAUCUUGACCACAUGUUUGACUCUGAAGAUUCGUCCGACGGAGAUGAUGCUGGGGUUAGUGUUCAUGCCCUAAUAAACUUUGAUGACGAUUUCAUGAGCGAACUUGGGACAUCAAAACGUUUAGAGGAAGACAUGAAACAUCGGGCAUGCCCAGGAAAUAUUGCACCUUCCGAAUUGGCUCGCAUGUUUCCUACUCCACCAUCAUUAGAAACUCAUAAAGUUCAGUCACCAGAGGUUGAUAUGAUUCAUGACACAACACAGUCAAUAACAGAAACAAUAUGUUACCGUUCUGAGGUCAGCAGAUUUACCCCUCCAGAAGAUAUGUCUAGGCAAGAUGUAUUUAAACCACCAAAGACUGCCAAAUUUCUUAGUGCUCCCAAAUAUGCUCCAAUAGAACUGCCAAGUCGUCAGUUAUCACCUGUUAGUACAGCUCCUGGAUAUAAACCAUCUUGGCAGUAUCCUAUGUCAGUUCUACCCAUGGAAAAACAACAGCCAGUCAUCAGGUAUGACAGUAGUUAUAUCAACAUCCCGUCCAUAGAGAACGUCUCGAGUUGUAUGUCAAGAAACAUCCCAUCACCCGCCACCUUCACAAACAUCAACAGUAAUCAACAGCGUACACCUAUGAGUUAUGAACUCCAAUCACCUGCUUCCAAUGCAUCUUCUUAUUUAAAUAAAACUCUAAAUUCUGUUGACAAUCAGGGCACAAAUCAUCAAAUACCUGAAGUCAACAGUUUAUUAGUGAAUGUUAUUCUGUCAGACUCAUUAUUGAAUCUUUAUAAAGAUCAUAAUUUCGACAGUUGUAAUAUUUGUGUGUGUAAUUUCGAUAUUAAGGGAGCGGACGUUGGACCAUAUUUACCGGAUAUCGGCAAUUCAGAAUCUUCGUUUAAGUGUAUAUGUGGUUUUAGUGCUGUGGUCAACAGAAAAUAUGGCUAUCAUUCCGGCUUAUUUUACGAAGACGAAGUGGACAUUACUGGCAUCCGAGACAAUAGAUUUGAUAAACGGAAACAUUCUUUAUUAGGGAUUGACUGGGAUAAUGGUUUAACUAUGAGUGAUAAGGAAGAAGAUGAUAUACCUCAUGAGAUAAUCAGACUCUUAAUAGAUCAGUUUACUGUGCCGUUCUUAACAAAUGUGUCGGAACAACGCCUAGCCAAGUUAAAUAUGAUGGCUGCAACGUCACUUGUGUCUACAACUUGGGAUGCUUUACAGUUACAAGAUGGUAAUGAUAUAAGUUACAAUGCUCUGGAACAAGGAAUACAAUCCAUGGAAAAUACCUCACCUACAAAACUUGAUGAUCCUUCCAUGAGAACAUCAUGUUUGCAUAAAUGGCCUUUCUUGAGAGGUGCCAGUCGUAUUCCGGUCAGUUCUCAAGACGUCGUCAAUCUCCAUAAAUCUCUACAACCUAUUUUACAAGAUGCUAUUCAAAAUAAACGAGUCACAAGAAUGUGGGAACACUCUUAUAAAUUACAAGGACCACUGAGUUGGAAAGAUUUUCAUCAACUUGCUGGACGAGGAUCUGAUGAAAAUUGUGAACCACAACCCAUACCUUUCUUUCUGGUCAGUAAUGAUGGUGAUUGGUUAUCUGUAUCACCUUAUAGUGUACGAUUCUGGGAUAAACAGUUUGUGGAACCUUUUGCCAAAUCUCGAGAUAUUGCUUAUGUUGUUGUUGCACCAGAAAAUGACUUUAUUUUAUCGAAUGUACGAGAUUUCUUUAAAGAAUUAAGUACUGUGUAUAAACUGUGUCGAUUAGGUAAACAUUGUCCUAUAGCCAAGAUCAGAGAUGGUAUUAUGCGUGUUGGUAAAACAAGAGCACAGAAACUAUCAGACGAAUCUGUCCUAGACGAUGAAUGGUUUAAAAAUAUUGGUGAUUCUCAAGUAGCAGAGAAGUUAAGAUUAUAUGCUAGAGUAUGUAGGUAUAUAUUAGGACCUUAUCUGAAUCAACAGAAAUUAGAUAGUGCUUUAUUUGAAGCCCCUGAAGCCCCUAAACCACAGUUUAAAACACCAGAACCUACUUCCACGCAUCCUCCAACACCAGAAAAUCCAUCAUCUAAUAAUACAGAAGAGAAAGAUUCGACACCUAGUGAAAGUACAAAUCAAGAGAAAGCAGAAAAUCAUGAUAUUGAUUCUGAUGAUACUAAUAUACCAGCUAUAGUUGUCUAUAUGAUAGAUCCCUUUACCUAUGACAAUGACUGGGAUGAGUUAAAUCGAUUAUCAAUGAUUGGUCUACUCAGAUGCUAUCGGGAAAUGGUUAAAAUUCUACCUGAACAUUUGAAGAACAAUAUUUCCCUACAGAUUAUACCACUAAAGACUAUUUUAGGCCAUAAAGAAAACAGUGGUCAAUUCCAGUCUCUGAAAUCUAUUGCAUUUUCUAUAUUCACUACAUGUAGAUGGAACUUGUCUCAUACUAUCAUGGGUAGAUCUCUGACAGGAUUUGGUCCAGCAGCUGCAGCAGAAGUAAUUGUUAAACGUAAAGAGGUUGAUAAGGGUGGCUCACAAAGACUUUAUGCCCCUCCAUUUAUCUUGGCACCAUUAAAAGAUAAACAGGCUCAAUUAGCGGAGAGUUGUGGUGGUAAAACAGAGAAUGGAAAUGUGUUAUUUUGUGGUUAUUGUUUAUCAGAGGAUCAAAGAUGGUUAUUAUCAGUAGUGACAGAUGAACGUGGCGAACUGAUGGAAACAUGUGUUGUUAAUAUUGAAAUUCCUAACCGAAAUCGCAGGAAAAAAGCAUCUGCAAGGAAAAUCGGAUUACGCAAAUUGUGGGAUUUUUUAGUGGGUGUAGUUUCUAUGUCGAAUAUGGCAGCAAGACUUGUGAUAGGGCGAUUUGGUAGAAUAGGACAUGGUGAAUUGAAAGGUUGGUCAGGUUUGUUAAGUAAAAAGAACUUAGCAGCUGUUAGUCAUAAACUAAAGGAUAUGUGUGGACAAUGUGAAGUAUUAAAUAAUGGUGCUGUACCUAGUAUUCUUAGUGCUUGUCUAGUGUCCUUGGAACCACAUUCCAGUUUUCAGAUCAUGGCUGAUGCCCUCAAAGCAGAAGAAAAAAUGAGCAGUAAUUGUCCGUUACAAACACCUAGAGAUGCUUCAGCUACUCAUAUAUUAGUUUUCCCGAUAUCUGCUACCGCACAGGCUAAUUCCAUGCCAUUACAACCAGAAGGUCAGAUAGAUUUUAACAAUACUCAGUUAGAUUUCAAUGAUGAUAUUGGAUUAUUUGGUGGUAUUAAAGAUGAAGAUUUAGGUAAUAUGGAUCAAGGAAUGGAAAUGUUUGCUGAUGUAUUUAGUGGUUUUGAUCAGAUGGAUUAUCCAGUGGGAUCUGGUAACUCACCCCCAGGUUCACCAUCAGGUGAAGGUCAUGGACGACAAAACUCCAGAUCCAAUGGUCCUUCAACGGGAAGUUGUAGUACCAACCAGUCCGAUCCACAAGAAGAGGUUAAUUUAUUACAACAGCCCCUAGCUAUGGGUUAUUAUGUAUCCACAGCACGACCUGGACCCAUGCCAAAAUGGUUCUGGUCUGGAAGUCCGGAAAAUGCUCAUGUUUGUCCAAAUACCUUCAAGGCUGCCUUACAUGUCCACUGUUCAUCUAGCCAUGAUGAAUUUUAUAACCAUUCCCAUGCCAGUAGAAAUACACAUCCACUUGAUUCUCAUCUUACCUGUGAUGUUCUCCGAUUUGUCUUGGAGAAUUACAAUGCAUUAUCUUGGUUGACCUAUGACCCUGGUAAAAAUGAUCGGCGGUCGUGUUUACCGGUACAUCUAGAUAUGUUGAUGCAGAUGUAUCAUGCUGUAAGUGCUUUCAUCUAGGAAUCGUGAUGUAUUAAAAGUGCUGAUUCUCUACGGAAACAACACACGGUGCAAUAGUCGUAAUGGAUGUUACUUUAAUUCUCAGGGAAAGUGUUUUUUUGUUUGUAUAAAUACAUAGUCACAUAGACUGUAUCAACAGUCAGCAAUACAGUCAAACAGAUUAUUGACCUUGUAUAAGUAAAGCAAGUCAAAGUGUGUAUAUAAAUCUAUAAUGUACAAGUGGUGAUAUGAACUGUGAAGUGAUAAACACUAUUAUAUAUAUAUAUAUCUAAUGUUAACUAUUAUCCAUAUAUCAUAUUAUCUUCGACUUCUCUCUUUCUCAUGAUAUGAUCUCAUUAAUAAUUUUACUUUGUCAGGCACAACAAUUAAAUAACUACUACAGUAGAAUUUGUACGAGCAGCCGCUCCUAUUCUGCGAUAUCUUCUUGUAAGCGGUCACGAUAAAUUCCCCCCAUAAAAAUUCUAUUGUUUCAUCUCUUUAAUCAGCGGUCACUCUAACGCAGCCAGCGGUCACUGUUUUAGUUAUUAAUUAAUAAAACGUCGGCCAUUCCUCCGCUAAUCCUGUGAUUAAUAAUUAUCUGGCUCCCCACCAAUCAGGUAAAAAGAACUAUGAAAAUAACAAUAAACCCUGGAUUAUCUGUUAAUUAAUUUUUUGUUUUACUAAAUAUCUGACCCCCCCACCGAUCAGGUAAAAAGAACUGAAAAUAACAAUAAACUCGAGUUUAUCUGUUAAUCUUUUGAUUUACUAAAUGACACGUAAUGAAACAUUUAAUACUGAUUGAACAAUCUGAUUAAAACACAGACCCUAUUGUAAGAGUUGUUAUAUAACAGGCGUUCUACUUGAUGUGAGGAAUUAGCCAAUGAAACGGUCUGUUACGGCGAGUUCUUGGCCUUUUUAUGCACGGAACUGUGGGUAAACCACUAGAAACGUCAACGCUGAUUAAUUAAUCAAUGUCUGACAUUGUAGGGUCAAAAGCCACUCGUUUAACCUCUGACGUGAACUCCCACUAUAACUUGUCAGAUCUUCAUGUAGUUUAGGCCAUCGAAAGUAUAAAAAAUGAAACGAAAUGUAGAUCUGUGUUUUAAUCAGAUUGCUGAUUGAAUAAACUAAAAGUGCCAUCAAAGCCGAAGUUUUAGCACCUCCUAUAUUACAUACAGAGUUACACCUCCCUGAAAAUCGAUGUUAAAUUCAGGGAUGUUUUUUUGAAAAUGUGCUUUUUUGAUAAAAUAAAAUUCAUUCAUGGAUUUUCUUCACAAAAAUGGGUAAAUAUUAUCGAAUACAUUAUAAUGGUAGACAGUAGUAUCAAUUAUGGUAAAAAAAAAAACACAUUUACAGAAGUUAUAUCAGAGAUUUGAGUCACAGAAUUUUCGUUCCAAGUGAGUUUCAGUGAUGGCCAAAUUUACCGAUGCAAGUAUUGAUGUUUGCUCCCGAUGCAUCCAAGCAUAAAAUUUACUUGAUGACAGCACUAAUAAUAAUAAAUACUGAGAUUUUAUUAAGAGGUCACGUCCGUUAAGCGGUCAGUCAUGAAAUGUCCUUGAAUGGCUGCUUAAUACAGAUUCUACUGUACAUUAGUCUAUCCACAAGACACUAUUUACUGGUUUCAACAAUCUUUAAACCAGGUUCCCACUUUUUAUGGGUAAAUAAAUCUAGUCGUUUCGAUUGGAUAAAAGUCUGUGGUACAAAUUUGUAGUUAACAGAAAAGACCUCUUGGCAUUUAAAACUUUAGGAACUCCACCUUGCAUUACACCUGCAAGCACAGAAAACUAUAGUUGGUCUCAAAAUGACCCCAGUAUUGAAUCAUCAAAUCAUCUGAUCAUCUUAUAUCAAUCAAAAGGAAAUCUUGAUAAUACCAAAUAUCUAAUUUAUUAAAAACAUGUAGGCUAGAACAUAUAAAGCAUUCAGUCUCUUCUAUAUAAUUUUCAGAUUUUACUUAAAUCUAUUUUCAUUAUACAUCAGUGCCUCCAAAUGUUAAAAAAAAUUUCCCAAAAUUUUAUUUUAUCAAGCAAAAUCAUCAAUUAGUAAUGUUUUUACAUUGUUAGAAUUCAAACAUUAAAUAUAAAUCUCACCUUGUGCUGUUUAAAGUGUGGCCUGUCAACCAGUCUUGAAGUAAGUGCCUGUCACAAAUAUAAAUUUUACUUUUAUAAAGUAGAUUUUUCCAUGAGUGUUGAAUAAAAUCUGUAAAUGCAUGAUUAAGACAAGUCCAUUAUUGAAGUGUGGAUACAGGAUUCUGAGAGAAAAAGAAAAGUGGGCAGGCCUAACAAUAGACUUUGUAAGGGGGAAAAAAAUGUGUUUGUGCACCUCUUGAAACCCAUCUUUGGUUAUGUUAUGACAGGUACUUAUUUCAAGCAUUUUAAUUUAUACAUUCUUGAUGUCGUAGAUCUUAGAAGUAUACAUUUGUAAUUUAGUCCUGUAAACUUUUAUUAAUCUAGUCAGUAGUCGAUAUCAUUUAAGGGAAAACUCAUUGAAAAUGUCAUCCAUUGUUUUGUGUUCAAGGCCUAUAAUAGUUUAUCAAAUACAGAAUUGUAUUAAGCAGAAUUUAAUUGUCACAAAACACUAUGACACAUCUGAAAUCAGAAGUGACAUUGGGUGUUCUAGUAGGAACAGGCACUGUCUAUUCCCAUAUCACAAAAUUGCUUUUAUACACCCAUUCGUCUCAUUUAGAAUAUGUAAUGUGAGCAUAUUGAUAUUUUAAUGACAUAAAUAAAACAUUUCAAAGUUGAGGAUGAAAAUCAAAUUGUUUAAUGUUUUAAAACUGUUUCAGUUAAUUGUAAUCUUAUUAAAUUCAAUAUAAACGAUACAUAUUUGUCAAUAAUUUAAAUACUUAGUUGUCUAAAUACAUUGAUUACUUACUUACUCAUUACGAAUUGUACUUAUUAAUUUAAAUACCAGAAAUAGUUAAUUUGGUUUGACAUUCUGAAUAUUCAAUGCAGAGAAAGUAUUGUUUGAAAUUCUCAUUAGCUACAGGUAGGAACUAUGAGUAGAACAGAAAUUGAUAUUUGACUUCUGGCAAAUCAAAGAAACCAUCUCAUUUUGAUUUGAAUAUGGUGUUUUGUUUAGUACAUAUCCAUUGGGUAGAUUUUGUUAGACAUUUUACUGCUGUAUCAAACUGGCUUAUUAGUACAAAUAUGUACAUAUAAAUGUAUGUAUUUAUUUUGAUUUGUUAAAAUAUGCAAGAUUGGGUUCCUCAGAAACUUACUUCAAUUAUUUAUUUAUGAUUAUAUACUCAGAAUAAAACUCAUAAGUAUUUAUUUUACUUUCAUAUAAUCAUUUUAAUAUCUCAGAUAUUAUUUUUUUGAGAACAAGUUUUAUCCCAGAUUUCAUAAAGCGUUUCUUUGGUAAACAAAAAAAAAUAUAUCAGGAAUCAAUUGGUUUUAAGUUUUUUUAGAAUCCAAUGGGAGCUGUAGUUAUUAUAUUGUAUUACAAUGGGAAUAAAAACCAAGUUAAUUUCUAGAUCUCCAGCUUAUUACAAGAAAAUAAACUUGAUGAAAUACUGAUAAAAACUUGUUGAGAAAUACAUUAUUCUUAUCUCAAGAAAUGGCAAUUUUGUCUCAUGAGUGGUUUCUAAAUUAAAUGGUAAAUAUUAAAAUAUAGAGAUUUCUCGUAAUAUUUACAGAUUAGUAGAUCAUUUCUUAUAAUGUCAAUUGGAAUUGGUGUAUAAGUUUUAUUAUGACAAACAGAAUGUUAUUACUGUCUCAGGCUUCUCUAACUUAAUACCUUUUAGAAAAUUUAUUUUACAUAAUCUUUAGUGGUUUUCAGAAAUGAUGGUGUGACUCUCAUUGAGAGAACAUCUGGGUAAAUCAAAAGUUAAAUUAAUACAUGGCUGCUAAGCGAGAAGUGUUGUGUACCUUUAAGAUCCUUGGAUGUAAAGUAAAAUAUUUUCUGAAAUUCACUCAUGUUCAUCAGUCUUUAAUGAUUGAUCUUCAACAGCAAUUUAUUCUUAUCCAGUCUGAGAGUUUAUUUGUCAAGACUGAUGUUGCUGUGGCAAGCAAAUCCCAUUGCCAACUUGUCACGUUUCCGUAUCUUUGAUAUUAUACAUAUUCUUUAUGGAAUAGCUCUUUUAAAUGAACAAAUGGUUAAAUGUUGGUACAGGUUUCCUUUUUUAAUCAAUUGAAUUAAUUUAAAAUUUUCACAAUUACAUUUCUCUCUGAUUUCUUGUUAUUAAUUUGAGAGAUAUGUUACAUUGUUGCUGAACUGUUGUCUUUAUAAUUAUUUACAUACAGAAUUCCACUGGAAUAUUUAUUUCUCGACAUCAUAUCAUUAAAAUAAUUUCAAAAAGAGAUCUGUUAAGUCAUUUGUGAUGACUAGUUAUAGUGUAUUUAUUGUACAGCAAAUCAACCAAAUUUAUUUUUCAUUAUAAAAGCAUUCAUACCCAGAAAGCAUAAAGUCAUUAUAGGAUAUAUCAGUCAUCACUGUAAUCAUGAAAAAAAAGAAAAUAACCAAUUGAACACAUUUUGUUAAUUUAUUUUUUAUUUAUUCAAUUAUGCAUAAUCCAAAAAUUAAACUUUGAAAAAUAUACUGGUUGUCAGUUAAUCUAAUAUGAUUAUGACUUGUUGGUAUUGUGAUUCAUUUGAUAGUCAUUUAAAUAAUUGAUUUCAUAUUUCAUUUACAUAUGAGCUUCCAGGACUUGUUCUGAGCAAAUGCAAUUUAAACCCAGAUAAAUGUGACCUCACUUCCUUCAUCCAGUCUUCUGUUAAUCAUUCAUUCAUUCUUCUAUCGAUGUUAUUUAUCUGUUUAUCAUUUUUGUUGUCAAAUAUUUGUUCAUUGUUUAAUUAUGUCAAAGGUGAAAAGCCUUAUUACUGGACUAAGAUGGAGACUUGAUUGUAUUGUAUUUGUAUUAUAUAUAUAUAUAUAUAGUAUGUGUAGAUAACUUUUGAUAAAAGGUAGUCUUUUUCUAUAUUUUGAUAAUUAAUUUGUAUUGUGUAUACAAUUUUGAAAAUGUCACAAGUCAGUCCAAAUGAGUUAUUAUUUUGUGUACAGAAAAGGUUAAAAAUGUAGCUAUUUUUUAGGAAACAUUGAAAGAAAAUAUAUAAGUAUAUAUUAAAGAAUCAUGUGUCAUUUUUUUGUAAAGCUCAACUGUAUUUUCCUCAUGUUUAUAUAUAAAUAUUACAUAUAUAUUGACAGUUUAUAUAUAUACAUUGUAAAUCUGUGUGUAUAUAACUGGGCUUCUUAUUGGAUGUACAUAAUUUGUGAAAAUCAUUGAUGAAAACCGUUAAAAUUAUUAUCUCGUUGAUAUUGAUGCCAUGAAAAAUACCCACAAAAAUGUUGACAUGUGCACAAGUCAGUAUUACUCAAUGGUGCAUGAGUGAAAAGAAAUCAGAGAAUUUGUUCAUCCUUUACUAACAUUUACUACAAUAUGUCUGGCGCUCGAGAUGCAAUCCUAUUUUGUACAUAGAUUAUAAAAUCAUGACUUGCAACUACCAUUGAAACGUAUUUAAACCAAAAUUUGAUCAUAAGUUAUUUUUGUAGCUAGUAAAUACUCUUUACAAAAACUAGCUGUGUAAAAUAAAUAUAUGACUAAAAUUAAA